AUGCUCGACUUUGAGGAUGACGCGUCUAAGCGCGAAAAAUGCUACACCACCAUAGGCCAACUGCCUGCUUUCAUCGAUCCCAAGCAGCCACCCACGAAACGGUCCCCCUUCUCGGCCAUCCUUGGCCAUCCAUUCGUUCACACGGUUGAAGUCAUUCUGCCCAAGGACAUCCUGUCACAUGUGGAACCCCAACUGCAGAAUUUGCGAUAUGCUAGAGUGUUCAUGUCGCUAUCUUCUUUGCUGGAGGGUGAAUUUUUCAAUACGUAUAUCAAGACCGGGAACAUCCUCAUGAUAUCAGAGGGACGCUCAGGCUCAGACAGUGUCUUCACACUCAAAGAUGGCAUCUUGAAAUUGGAGUUGAGCAAGGAAAUCUUCGAAAGAACAGGGCUUACAGGUAAGCCUGUUCGCAGCGGAGGAAAAAAGCAUGCAAAAGAGAGGUUCAUCGUGGAAAUCAACCUUCGGCUUCCGUCCAUGCUUCACGGCAAGAAGGGCUUCGAGAGAAUCGUAUGGGCUUUCAAGAACGUCUUGAACCAAUCAGUAGCCUGGCUGUUCUUCGAUCUCACAACUAGCUCGGGUGGCGUUUCCGAAGAUGACCCCUCCCUCAAAGGAAACCAUCCCCAAAUUAUCAAUUACAAGCCUCUAAUUACCGAGCACUCCAAUAUCCUUGUCCCCCGUCUCCCUGGACCAGAAAUCACAAACGAGUCCCGCGAAGCAGCAGAACUAGAAGAUCACUGCAACGAGCUCUCCGAGUGGCUUGCAAUGGUAUCCCUCCAAUCGCCUCGCGUAUCCGUCUAUGACGAUGUCGAUCCCUAUCUAUGUCGUUACAGUGUACCCGACUCGGAUAAUGCAAAGCCCACCAGUCUUUUCAGCUUGAAGUGGCAUGGACUUGUCCCGUCUCGUUGGAUUAUCGAAUUAUUGGUUGCGAUAUUGAAGGAAACUGCUCCCAAGUCUAUCGCCCCGUACGCUUGGUUCGCGCUUUCUGCGAGUGCGCUGGGAAGAGAAGCCGUGGAGGCACGCGAUGGGUACACGGUUAUGGUGCUUCCGACACAUGUGCCAAAGGAAGAUGUAUCUGGAGUGCAGGCAGAUAGUUCGUCUAAGGGCGAUGGUCGGCACUUUAUAUGUUGGGAGUACGUCGGUGCUUCGAUUCUUUGA